GUCAAGACCUCAAUAAUGAUCAGGAUGGCAAGAGUCUUUUAGUACUUAACAAUGUGUAGGCUGGAGUAGCUUUUGAGUUACCAUGAGGAUUUACUUCAUUUUCUCCUUAUUUGUUAAAGACACAAAAAUGCCAGAGUAAAAAUGGGUGACUGGAACUUUCUUGGUGGGAUUCUAGAGGAGGUGCAUAUCCACUCCACAAUGGUGGGGAAAAUCUGGCUGACCAUCCUCUUCAUCUUCCGCAUGCUGGUGCUUGGUGUGGCGGCGGAGGAUGUGUGGAACGACGAACAAGCUGACUUUAUCUGCAACACCGAGCAGCCUGGCUGCCGUAACGUCUGCUAUGACAAAGCCUUCCCCAUUUCCCUCAUCCGUUACUGGGUGCUGCAGGUCAUUUUUGUUUCUUCCCCCUCCCUGGUGUACAUGGGCCAUGCUCUCUACCGCCUCCGAGCCCUUGAAAAAGAACGUCAGCGAAAAAAAUUGGCACUAAGACGUGAACUGGAGGCUGUGGACAUAGAGAUGGCAGAGGUACGACGCAAAAUAGAACGUGAGCUUCGGCAGAUCGACCAGGGGAAGCUAAAUAAAGCUCCCUUGAGAGGGUCUCUUCUGCGCACCUACGUGGCUCACAUAGUCACCCGCUCGGCUGUAGAGGUGGGUUUUAUGACCGGACAAUAUGUUCUGUAUGGGUUUCAUCUAAAUCCGCUCUACAAAUGUGAGCGGGAGCCCUGUCCGAAUGCAGUGGACUGCUUUGUAUCUCGACCCACCGAGAAAAGCGUCUUCAUGGUGUUCAUGCAAUGUAUAGCUGCCAUCUCAUUGUUUCUCAACAUCCUGGAGAUCAUGCACCUGGGCUACAAGAAGCUUAAAAAGGUCAUCUUGAACUACUACCCGCAGCUGAGGGAUGAUCUCGAUGACAGCUACUAUCCAAACAAGCUGAAGAAAGAUUCCGUGGUGCAUCAGACAUGCACUGGCACCUCCACUGGCCGCAAGACCACCAUUGCUUCAGCACCCAGUGGAUACAACCUUCUUCUCGAGAGACCACCUGAUGGAAACGCCUACCCUCCUUUGAUCAACCCAUCCUCUGCUUUCUUGCCUGUUCAGAGUGCUAUGCAAACCAAAGAUGGUUCUGAUGCACCAAAGUACUCACAGAACAGUCCCACAGAGCACAACAGCAAUUCCAACAACACCAGCAGUGAUACACGUUCCCCACCUUCCAACUCCGUCACGCCGCCAAAGCAAGAUGAAGGGGAAGAUUCUAUCCACCCUCCACCUCUGUUCAAGAAAGGCCAGGAGUCUAAGACUUUAGACUCAUCGAGCCAUCCCAGGGAACCUUCCCACACAUCAUCCGGCGUGGGAAAGAAGCCGUGGAAGGUCAGCGCACCCUGGAACUGCUCAACGGUGGUAGAAGGUAAUGGCUCAGACACGGAUUCCUCGGAAGGUGCUAAGGCCCGCUCUCCCUACGCCGCUGUGCGAGCUCGUACUUCAUCCAGGUCUGAUUCCAAAGUGAGCAGGCCCACUUCUCCCGAUUCAAUAGAAGAAUCCAGCUCCGAGUCACGGCAUAGUCCAAGAGCAUCACCGAGCCAUCGUGCCUCAUUGGCCAGCAGUUCCAGUAGCAGACGAGCAGCUCCUACAGACCUACAGAUAUGAGAAAAACUCAAUAUAGGCUUUCAUUGUUGAUGGUAGCCAUGUUAUUUUUACAGUUACAAUAUAUUGAUUCAAGACUAAAGUUUUAUAUUUAACUCUAUAACGUUGUGGAACUCCUUAAUGGAUUGUUUUCACUCUCUUCUUACAUAUCAGUUUAGCAGCACACACUGACAGUGUAUUUCAUUAACAACAACAAUAUGUCUGGACAUGUUUCUUCCUGUAACAGAAGUCAAAAUGAUGCAAUGGUAAAAAUAAUUAUAAUUACACAUUGUGCUUUAAUACAGCAACUGUAAAAAUCUUCAAAAAUAUGAUGUUGUGGAAAAAAAUUGUUUCAUGUGCAUAUGUCAUAUUAACAGAUAAUAAACUGGUCUGAUUCACAAUGCAAUUAAACCAGAUAUCAAAUAUUUAUUUAAGUCUGUCUUUUCUAAGCAUAUGGACGACCAGCAUUUCUAAAUUAGGAAUCUAAGAAAGAUUAAACAAAUGGAAUAAAUAUUUUUUUUCUAGCUGACUCAUAUUAAUAUUAGUAUGAUGAUGAGAAUUUAGAUAUGCUUUGAUCAGCAAAAUAAAGCUGGUUUAGAACCUUAAGGCUAAAGUUGCUGCUUCUGUUUGUACCAAAGUUGUAAAGUACCAAAAGAAGCCAAAACAGUUUCUUCCCACAGGCUUUAAACUAACUUAUUACACCACAAAAUUCAAAUGUUAUUACUUUUUGUAUUAUUAUGGUUUUGUACUUUUUUUUUAUGUUGUCUGUUGCUGUUAUUGUCAUCGCUUCAUGUCAUACUACGGCACUAAAGAAAGUAGCUAUCUAUAUGAAGCUAUUCUUGCUCUUGUCUUACACUUGAUUGUUAAGAGAAGAAUCACAGAGAAGAAGGAGGCUGUCCCCUCACAUUAAAAGAGGAAAGAUAGCGCCAUUUGAAAAUUGUUCUUAUAAUUUUAACAAGAUCCAGUGUUUUAAUAAUGCAGCUCAAAAAAUUUUAAGGACUCACAGCACC